AUGGCUUUUCCUACCGCUAUUUUUAAUGGGAAUGCUCGAAUUCCAAUGCUUUCUGGUGACAAUUAUACCGAAUGGAAGGAGAAAGUCCUUCUCACUUUAGGGUGCUCGGAUCUAGACCUGGCACUCCGUGUGGAUGAACCACCUAUUCCUUCGAAAUCAAGUACGCCAGCUGCUAAGGCUGAUUAUGAGCGCGAUAAGGUCAAAACUUACAUGAAGGCAAUUGAUGAACAAUUCGUAAGCUCUGAUAAGGCAUUAGCUAGCACCCUUAUGAAGAGGCUCUCAAGUAUGACUUUCGGCAGAAGUCGUACAGUGAGUGAGCACAUUAUGGAGAUGAAAGACAUUGCUGCUAAACUCAAGUCCAUUGAGGUGGAUAUGUCUGAACCAUUUCUUGUGCAUUUCAUUCUUAACUCCCUUCCUGCGGAAUAUGGUCCGUUUAAGAUUUCUUACAACACACAUAAGGAUAAAUGGUCAAUCAUUGAACUUUUGACCAUGUGUGUUGCAGAAGAAGAGAGGUUGAAGCAUGAGACACCUGAAAGUGUUACCAUGGUGACUCAUGGUAAGAGAAAUGCAAAGAAGGGAAAAAGUGUUCCCAUGAAGAAGAAAAAGGGUCACUGGAAGAAGGAUUGCCUGAAAUACAAGAAAUGA